GCGACUCCUCUCAUUGUUGCCAGUCAAAAUGGACACAGUGAAGUGGUGGCUAUCCUACUGAGGAAUGGAGCUGGUGUGGAUAGAGCUAGGAAAGAUGGGGUGACUCCUCUCUUCAUUGCCAGUCAAAAUGGACACAGUGAAGUGGUGAAUAUCCUACUGAGGAAUGGAGCUGGUGUGGAUAGAGCUAAGAAAGUAAGUCAAUCAUCAGUCACUGCCUAACAAUCUUCAGUCGUUUACUGUACCAGUGCAUUCAGUCACAUCUAACUUUACAGUUAGUUGUCCUACCAAUCCUCUCUCAUUUUGAUUUUUAUGGGACAUAAUAUUCUACCACCCUUCUUCAGUCCCAAACACAGACCACUGAGUAUGGUUGCCGACAAGAUUAUAGAAGUACACCAAUGGUUGAAGCAUUAGUUUUUGCAGAGUGUGCCUUCUCCUGGGGAGUGGUUAAGGUUCCCUUGAAAACAC